UUGCUGCUCUGGGGAUUAGUCACGUUCAUCAUGGUGCCUGGCUUCAGGACAGACUUCUGUGACGAUCCGCCACAGCUCAGCAAAGCCACCUUCAGGGCCCUCGCCUACAAGAUCGGCACCAUGUUAACCUGUGACUGCGAGGCUGGCUUCCGCCGAGUUAAAUACGGGUCAUCCUACAUGCGUUGUACAGGAAACUCCAGCCACUCUUUCUGGGACAACAAAUGUCAAUGCACAAGCAAUUCUCUUAGGAAUCCAGAAAAUGUUACAACUCAACCUGAAGAACAGACAGAAGGAAAAACCACAGAAACGCAAAGUCAAAUGGAGCCUGAGGACCACGUGGACCUUCCAGGUCACUGCAAGGAGCCUCCACCUUGGGAACAUGAAGCUAAGAAGAGAAUUUAUCAUUUUGUCGUGGGGCAGACAGUUCACUACCAGUGCGUCCAAGGAUUCCGGGCCCUCCAGAGGCAUCCGGCCGUGAGUGUCUGCAAAAUGGCCUGUGAAAAAACAAGCUGGACCCUGCCCCUGCUCACCUGUGCAGAGGAAAGCCAGCACCAUCAAUUUCCAGGUGAAGAAGAGCCUCAAGCAAGCAUGGAUGCCCCUCCUGAGAGCAAGACUUCCUGCCCUGUCACCACAACAGAUUUUCAGAAGCAUACAGAAGUGGCUACCACCGUGGAGACGUUGCUAUUCACAGAGGAGUAUCAGAUAGCAGUGGCCGGCUGUGGAUUCCUGCUCAUCAGCGUCCUCCUUCUGAGCGUGCUCAGCUGGCAGCGGAAAUGGAAGAAGAGUAGAAGAACAAUCUAGAAAAGAGUGGCAAGAAGACAAGAACAGUCAAAGAAGUUAUGAAGCACAAGCAAAAUCCAAGAUGUUAAACACUCACCCAACAGGCAUCUCUGUGAUUCCUUGAAUUUUGGAAAGCUCUGAGGUCAUAUCAUAGGACACAGGGCAACUGCUAUCAAAGAGUGAGCUCUACUACUUCUAAGCAGAAAUUCUAAGGUCUUUGAAGGAGAAGGGAGGAACAACCAGAAUGCUCUGUCUUAUUUUCAUGAAUAUGUGUUUAUCAGAGCUUGAAUGGUAUGGAACUCUCCAUGCCACAUACAAUGUAAAGAAAAGUAGCUUUAUGCCAAUUUCAUCCAACUUCCCAAUUUAGAAAUCCUAGGCAAAACCUAAGCACUAAUGACUAAUAUAAGUAACACACACACACACACACACUUUACCCUACGUAAUCAGACAUCCUCCACGUAGAUUCUUUUCCUGCCUCUGGUUGACUAGCCCAUUCUCCAGAUGACGUUGCUUAAGGAACAUUUUUAAAGAACUCUGGACUAGUUAGAAGAAUCAUUUUGUCCUUAGCUCAGUAUCCUGAGCUAACAUCUUCUAUUGAAUUUCUGAAAAACAGAAACCAUGGCAGAAUAAUCUUUGGGCAACACCAAAUAAGGACAACCAAGCCCUUGGAAUUGUAGAGCUUCAAUAUUUGAAAGAAUUUUACUGGAGUUCAUGUUGGGAGAAGAAGGAUAAGCUAGGUUGCAGGUAACGAAUUACACUUAGCAAAAUGCUUUACAUGUACAUUACUAAUAGAUCCCGUUAAGGGUUAGUUUUUUGGGAAUUCUAUAAACGGUACUCUGAACUUGGCCUGCACUAAUUUGAUGUUUACAGAUAGACACGCGAUGUGCAGAUGCAUAUGUUUCCCACUAAGUGUCAUAAAAACAUUGCAGAGAGAU